AUGUCGAGCGCUUCGCCAUUACCCACGCCCGCCCAGAACGUGGUGUUGGACACCUCCAAGUUGCCCGCAUCCUCGUCCGCGUCAGUCUGGGAUCGCAUUUCCAACUGGGUAUCAGAGAACAAGGCCCUGGUCUACACCAUUGCCGGUGUGUCCGUUGUUGUGACGACUGCUGGUGUCGCCUACUACCUGUCCGACUCCAAGGGUGGCGCUGGAGCUGCCGCGCCUGCGGAGAAGAAGAAGAGCAAGAGCCAGCGGCGGAAAGAGAAGAAGAAGGCUGAGGAUGAGAAGAAGUCUAAGACCGCGUCUGUCCAGGAUGAGUCGACCGCUAAAAAGGCCGAGGAGCCCGCCGAAGAGCUGCCCGAGGUCGACGAGGCUACAGUUGGACAAUUGUCAGAAGAGACUAGGAAGGCCUACGCUGCCAAGCUGAAGGCUGCCGGUAACAAGGCCUUCGGCUCCAAGGACUACAACAAAGCCAUUGAGCUUUACGGAAAGGCCAUUAUCUGCAAGCCCGACCCCGUCUUCUACUCGAACCGCGCGGCCUGCUACAACGUUCUGUCGGAGUGGGACAAGGUCAUCGAGGAUACCAGUGCUGCGCUUGUGAUGGACAGCGAGUACGUCAAGGCUUUGAACCGGAGAGCCAAUGCCUACGAGCAGCUCGAGAGGUACAGUGAGGCCCUCCUCGACUUUACCGCCAGCUGCAUCAUCGACGGGUUCUCCAACGACGUCAGCCGUCUUGCGCUCGAGAGACUGUUGCAGAAGGUGGCAAAGCAAAAGUGCAAGGCCAUCAUGGAUUCCAGGAGCAAGAAGCUUCCUAGCGCCACCUUCGUCUCCAACUACCUGCAGAGCUUCCGCCCGAAGCCUCUGCCCGAGGGUCUGGAUGAGUCGGUUGACUUGAGUGAGGAUUCAGGCAAGGGUUUGCUGCGCAAGGGUCUGAUUGCCAUGCGCCAGAAGACGGCUGAUGGCUACGAGGAGGCCGCGGCUGCUUUCGAGAAGGCGCUCGAGGUUGGUGACUUGGGUGACUUUGAGUCCUUGGCCCUCAACAUGCGAGCCACCUUCACCUACCUCGGCGGCAACGCCAAUGGGGCCCUGGAGGACCUCAACAAGAGUGUCGAAAUGCAGCCCUCGCUGGUCCAGAGCUACAUCAAGCGCGCCAGCUUGCAUCUCGAGCUCGGUAACCGCGAAGCCGCCGCCGACGAUUUUGAGGUCGCCAUCACCCAUGACAAGGACGACCCGGAUAUAUACUACCACCGCGCCCAGCUUCACUUCAUCCUGGGUGAAUUCGCCGAGGCCGCCAAGGACUACCAGAAGUCGAUUGACCUCGACCGCGCAUUCAUCUAUUCCCACAUCCAGCUCGGCGUGACGCAGUACAAGAUGGGCUCGGUCGCAUCGGCCAUGGCUACCUUCCGCCGGUCGGUCAAGAACUUCGAGGACGUUCCCGAUGUGUACAACUACUAUGGCGAGCUCCUGCUGGACCAGCAGAACUUUUCGGAGGCCAUUGAGAAGUUUGACAAGGCUGUGGAGAUGGAGAAGCAGAACAAGCCGAUGGGCAUCAAUGUCCUGCCGCUCAUCAACAAGGCUCUGGCCCUGUUCCAGUGGAAGCAAGAUUUCCAAGAGGCCGAGAACUUGUGCCAGAAGGCGCUCAUCAUCGACCCCGAGUGUGAUAUCGCCGUCGGCACCAUGGCCCAGCUGCUCCUGCAGCAGGGCAAGGUCUCCCAGGCCCUGAAGUACUUCCAGCGCGCCGCCGAGCUCGCCCGCACGGAGGGCGAGAUCAUCAAUGCCAUCUCCUACGCAGAGGCCACCCGCACCCAACUCGAGGUGCAGGAGAAGUACCCGGCACUGGCCGCGCGCCUGACGGCGAUGGGCGCCAGUGGCAUGGGAGGAGCUCCGGGGAUGUAA